AACAUUUUUCAAAUCUUUUUUUGCAGGUGUCACUGGUAUAUUUGAUAAUAAAAAAGUGAACCGAAAGAUUCACUACCUUGGACACCCUGGAAGGACAAUGCAACAGCUUCCUCCAAAUUUCAGAGGGGCGCUAUGGGAGUCCAACCAUCCAUGUAUUCCCAUCAUUAAAAGCAGACCAACUCUAACCGCACUGCCCUUCUAUAACUUUCUGUUAUGGGUCCUGCUCGGAGUGUUGACGUUCCCGUGUUGUGUCCGAUGUUUAAUAUUCAAAGUGGGGGUCUUGGGGCCUUGGAACUGCGACCCUGUGUACUACAGGGCCCAGCCCGCUGCGGCCGCCAGGCUUGCUGUAAACAGGAUUAACGGAGACCUGAACCUGGAUCUGGGCCUGAAAAUGGACUUUGUCAUCCUCCAGGAGCCGUGCGAAACCUCCAAAGCUCUCACCGCCUUUAUUUACUAUGAGCAAAUGGCGGAUGCGUUUCUGGGACCCACCAACCCCGGAUACUGUAUUGCAGCCUCUCUCUUGGGCAAGAACUGGGAUAAGGCCAUCUUCUCCUUCGGCUGUCUUAACCUCGAGCUGGACCGCGCCACGGGAUACCCGACCUUCGCCAGGACGGUGCCGUUUUCCGCUGAGGUGUUGUUCACCCUGUUGAAACACUUUAGGUGGGCGAAUGUUGUGGUGGUCUCAUCCAACGAGGAUAUUUGGGUGGAUACUGCUGGGAGAGUGGGCACUGCUCUGAGGAAUAAGGGGCUUCCCGUUAGCCUGGUGACACCCAUCGGUAUAAACGAGACAGAGGUUGAGAGCACACUGAGGAAGAUCCAGGCUGCAGGAGAGGUCAGAGUUAUAAUCAUGUGCAUGCACUCAGUCCUGAUUGGAGGAGAGCAACAGGCCAUCUUCCUUCUCAAAGCACAGGAAAUGGGCCUGACAUCAGGGAAAUAUGUGUUUGUUCCCUAUGACACUCUCCACUACAGUGUGCCCUACACCAAUGUCACCUACAAACCGCUGCAAAACAACAGCAGGCUGAAGGAGGCCUACGAUGCUGUGCUCACUGUAACCAUUGCCUCUGAGCCUUUGUCCUUCAAUGAGGCGUUCACUGCAGCCCAGAGGAAUGGGGAACUGGCAAUAGCGGUGCAGGCAGAGCAGGUUAACCCACUAUUUGGGACCAUCUAUAACAGCAUCUACCUCCUGGCCCAUUCAAUCAACAAUGCCAGGAGAGCAAGAACGCAGCUGUCAGCCUCGAACCUGGCCUACUUCACAAGGAACACAGUCUUCACCGGUUUCAAUCAGAAGAUCCAGGUGGACGAAGCUGGGAAUGUCAAGACCAACUAUGUAGUCCUGGACACUGAUAACACUAGAGGUCAGCUGUACCAGACUUAUUCAGUGGAUCUAAUAUCUGGAGUGCUUCGUUUUGCUGGGAGGUCCAUUAAUUUUCCAGGAGGAUCCCCUCCACCAUCUGAUUCCAACUGCUGGUUUGAAAAGAACGCCGUCUGCACCGGAGGUAAAACAUUUCAUUUUGGCAUGUGUACACAUUCAUGUUUGUGUAAAACAAUAAAACUGAUUUCCUUAUCAUUUCUAAAUCUCUUUGACAGGCGGCGACUCCAACAAAUCCAGCUGGUCAAAGGUCCCAAUCGGAUUGUGUUGACAUUAGAGGAUCUCACUUUUAUCAACCCACAGCUUAGCAGAAAGGUAAGCAUCAUUUCUGUAUCAUACGAGUCCAAGAGCGCUCUGGAGGAGAAAUCUGCAGACCGCUCCCACUCUGUAAACAGCAUGCAGACAGCAACUCAUGAGACCACCAAUGUAGCUGUGUAUGAGGGUGACUGGGUUUGGCUGAAGAAAUUUGAGGAGGGGCAGUUCAAGGAGGUGAAGCAGAGCACCACAAAGAUUUUCACAAAGAUGAAGGACCUGAGAAACGAGAACGUCAAUCCAUUCCUGGGCUUCUUUUCGGACUGCUCAAUGUUUGCGGUGGUGACAGAGCACUGUUCCCGGGGCAGUCUGCAGGACUUGCUUAGGAAUGAGGAUGUUAAAUUAGACUGGAUGUUCAAGUCCUCACUUCUGCUCGACCUCAUCAAGGGUAUGAAAUACCUUCACCACAAAGAUUUCCCCCACGGCAGACUAAAAUCUCGUAACUGUGUGGUAGAUGGGCGUUUCGUCCUCAAGAUCACUGACUAUGGUUUCAAUGAGCUCCUGGACUCCCAGAAAGCUCCAAUAGAAGAACCUCCACCUGAAGAUCUAUUUUGGACAGCUCCAGAGUUCCUGAGGGACCUUUCAAGCUCACGUAAAGGGACCUUCAAAGGAGAUGUGUACAGCUUUUCCAUUAUCCUCCAAGAGGUGGUGGUCAGAGGGCCGCCAUACUGCAUGCUGGGUCUACCACCUGAAGAGAUCAUCCGUAAGGUGAAGAAGCCCCCUCCAAUGUGCCGCCCCACUGUGGCCCCAGACCAGGCUCCACUGGAGUGUAUCCAGCUGAUGAAGCAGUGCUGGAGCGAACUGCCCGACCGCAGACCGUCCUUUGAUGAGAUCUUUGACAGGUUCAAGAUCAUCAACAAGGGUAAAAAGACCAACAUCAUUGACUCCAUGCUGAGAAUGCUGGAGCAGUACAGCUCUAACUUGGAGGACCUCAUUAGAGAGAGAACAGAGGAGCUGGAGGUGGAAAAGCAGAGAACAGAAAAACUCCUGUCUGAGAUGCUCCCACCUUCUGUGGCUGAGGCUCUGAAGACCGGUGCCACAGUAGAGCCAGAGUACUUUGACCAGGUGACAAUUUACUUCAGCGACAUUGUAGGUUUUACCACCAUCUCCUCGCUCAGUGAUCCCAUCGAGGUGGUCGACCUUCUCAAUGACCUCUACACUCUGUUUGACGCCGUGCUCAGUAGCCACGAUGUGUACAAGGUGGAGACCAUUGGUGAUGCUUACAUGGUAGCAUCAGGUCUGCCAAAGAGAAAUGGGAACAAGCACGCGGCUGAGAUCGCCAACAUGUCGCUGAACAUCCUCAGCUCUGUGGGUACCUUCCAUAUGCGGCACAUGCCAGAUGUGCCCGUCAGGAUACGAAUAGGAAUCCACUCAGGGCCCUGUGUUGCUGGGGUGGUAGGCCUGACCAUGCCUCGGUACUGCCUUUUUGGAGACACUGUCAACACUGCCUCUCGUAUGGAAUCCACUGGGCUGCCUUAUAGAAUCCAUGUGAACUUGAGCACUGUGAAGAUCCUCCAUUCUCUUAAUGAGGGUUAUAAAAUAGAAGUCAGAGGCAAGACAGAGUUAAAGGGUAAAGGUAUUGAAGAGACAUACUGGCUCGUGGGGAAAACAAACUUUACAAAGCCUUUGCCAAAACCACCAGAGAUCAAACCAGGGGAAAACAAUCACGGGCUGAACCCUGAGGAUAUAGCUGCAUACAGGAGAAAGAAAGCUGAGAAAAAGGCUUGACCUUCUUAGUCCAAACACAGGAGGGACAACUGGCAGGAAAUGGUGACAGAGGAGAUCAAGACACAUUUUCGCAAGGCCAACAGGCAGGUGGACAAAAAGAUGUGAAGAGAGGGAAG